CAUUGCUGUUUUGACAUCGGAAAGGAGAAAUCAAAGGCGUACACCUCUACAACUUUCCAACCUCGGGGAGCCCAGCGAGAUCCGUGCCCUGCCGCCGGCACCUUCCCCUUCCCUCGCUCCUCGCCGCCUUGUCCGUCCUGUCCUGGGCUCCUGGAGUGCCCUCCAUGCUUCUACGCUCCGCGCCCCGCCGCCUCCACCUCCUCCGCCCGCACCACCUCCGCCUCCUCUCCGCCGCGGCGCUCGCCUCCGCCGCACCGACCCCGGCCCCGGUCCCGCCCCAGGCCCCCACCGAGUGGGCCGAGGCGCCGCUCGCCGCCGUCCGCCCGGCCACCGCCGACGCCUCGCUCUACCACGUCUCCCUCGACCUCUCCGCGCACGGGGACCUCCUCGCCUCCCACGCCGCCGCCGGCCAGUUCCUCCCCUUCCGCCUCCCCGCCGCGCCCUACCCCAUCUUCCUCGCCAUCGCGUCCCCGCCUCCGUCGCCCGGGUCCUCCGCCGCCGCCUUCGACUUCCUCGUCAAGCGCCUCCCGGGCACCCCCUCCGCGCGGCUCUGCGACCUCCGCCCCGGCGAUCUCGUCCAAGUCGGCGCCAGCGUCGUCGGCCGCGGGUUUGAGGUUGCCAGGAUAGCUGACGCCCGUGAUGUUCUUGUCUUUGCCACCGGAUCCGGGAUCAGUCUCUCCGUCGCAUUUGUUGGUUGCAGUCCAAUUCGGUCACUUAUUGAGUCCGGUUUUGUUGAAAACAAUAAAACUGGCGUAAGCCUCUUUUAUGGGGUUAGAAAUCUUCAAAGGAUGGCAUAUCAGGAGAGGUUCGAUGAUUGGGAAGCCAAAGGAGUUAAAAUUGUACCUGUCCUCUCAAGACCAGACGGUCAAUGGACAGGCGAGCGAGGUUAUGUCCAGAAUGUUUUCUCAAGGAUGAAGGAUAUUUUAAACCCUUCAUCAGUGGGAGCAAUUUUGUGUGGGCAUAAACAAAUGACUGAGGAAAUUACAAGAAUUCUUGUUGCCGACGGUUUGUCAAAAGAUAGAAUCCUUACUAACUUCUGACCACCAGUAGGACACAGUUCCAGCCAUUUUGGAUGUUCUACCAUUUUUGUACUACGAUCAAGCAGUUAUUCUUACAGCAAGUGCGACUGGAAAUCACAACAGGAAGACAGUUGCGUGCUUACAAAUAAUGCUCUGAUUGCUGAGUGCCUGAUGUAAAUCUCUACAACCACUGGGCAUAUGGACCAAAGGCCCUAGUUGAGAAAAUGUUCUGUAGCAUCUGAGAUUAGCUCCUCUUAAACAGAAAGCCCCAUUUUGGAGAAAAUAAAGGGGACAGAUAGUAGAAUUUUUUUUCAGUUAGUAUACCGUAAAAUAUGUGCGCUGCACAUGCCUUUUGCAGCACUGAGAUUUUGGUGUAUAUUGUUAGAAAAAAUGAAUGAAUGAUCAAUGAUGUGAAUGGGAGCAUGCUGUUUAAUUGAGAUGUGUUC